AUGAAGUUGGUACUCGUGACAGUGCUUGUGGCCCUAGUAGCUACGCUAGGACAUGGUGCACAGGAUGUCGAUGGCACCGGUGGCCAGGCCAGGUUCGUGCGUGAGGCCUGGUUUGAAACGCGUGUCGAUCACUUUAAUCCCCGGAACCAGGAUACGUUCGAAAUGCGAUACUACAUCAACGAUGAGUUUGCGUACGCACGCGGACCAAUGCUGAUCAUAGUCGGUGGAACACAGGCAGUCCAGACGCGCUAUCUCACGGAAGGACUAUUCCACGACAUUGCCUACUUGGAGGGUGCUUAUCUGUUUGCCAACGAGCUGCGCUACUUCGGCUCCAGUUUGCCCGUUGAGGAUGCUUCGACGGAAAACAUGGACUUCCUCAAUGCGGACCAAGCGUUGGCUGAUCUGGCCGAGUGGAUUACCUACCUCAAGCAGCCGAAUAGCAAGGUGAUACUGAUGGGUACCGGGUAUGGUGGUGCCCUGGCAACCUGGUUCCGUCAGAAGUACCCACAUCUGGCGGACGGUGUUUGGGUGUCUAGCGGCGCGAUUGAGGCCGAUUUCGCCUUCUCCGGCUACAAUGAGGCGCUCGGUGAGAGCAUCCGGGAGUACGGUAGCGAUGCUUGCUACAGCACGAUCUGGACCGGUUUCCGUGUGGCACAGAAUUUGGCCAAUCUUGGCUUCAGUGAUCUGCUUUCGGAAGAGUUUCACCUGUGCGACCCACUGGACACCGAUUCGGAACUGGACGUGACCGCAUUCUUGCUCGGUCUGCGCGAUGACAUCGAGUUCGAGAUGCUGCAUCUGCGCAACACAAACUCGAUCAAGGAGAUGUGUGGCGAGCUGGAGGAGGAACGGGACAGCAGCCUGAAUGCGUUGAUUGAUUGGUUCGCCCGGGAGCAUCAGUACGAGCAGUGCGUUCACCUGAACUUCGAUCGCUACAUGCAAAGGUUCGUCGAGACGGACUUUAAUACCGCCAAUCUGCAGGCCGGACAUCGCCAGCGGCUGUAUCUGCAGUGUACGGAGGAAGGUUUCUUCCCGACCACGGCCCAUUCCGAGGAGCAACCGUUUGGGAACCAGAUCGGUACAUCGUUCUUCGUCGCAGUUUGCCAGCGUGCCUUCGGCGAGUGGCUUACCGAGGAUGUCAUUAUGCGGCAGAUUCGCUCGACGAAUGCACGGUUUGGUGGCCGGCAGCCUGCCAUCGAACGGGCACAUUUUACCAACGGUGGAGUCGAUCCGUACCGUGUCGGUAGCUUGGUGGAAGAUCUGAACCCGAAGGCACCGGCCACGCUCAUCCCGCACAAGUUCGUGUCACCCGAUCUGGAGUCGAUCGAUUACCAGUAUGAUACGGAGGAGCUGAUUGCGGCCAAGGAGCGUACCAGAAACCUUAUUGACUCGUGGAUUUUUGGGGACUUUGAGCCAAUCAAACAGGAAGUGUAG